AUGACAAAUUCUGAAUGGAGACUAAUUUACAGUGACUUUUAUCAACAAUCAAUAACAACACAUGAAAGCUGGAAAUCAUUAGAGACUUGCUUAAUUAAUCAUUAAUUAUUACCAUAAACUAAAUAAUGUCUUACAAAUAACUUAGAGUUUAUAAGAUUAAAUGAAAAUAGAAAAGGAAUAGAAAAAGAAUUUUAUUAUCCUCACUAUUAACUUCGAAUAAUCACAGAUGUUAUAUAUAUUCGUUCAUAAUCUGGAGUCAAUUCUUAAUUUUAGAUAUAAAUAAAUGAUUCUUCAGGACCGUAUAUGAUUUUUUAAAGGCUUUAUUAAUAAUCUACUUUAAAAUUAUAUGACAAAGUGUGUGAUUUUGACUGUUCACCAACUUGUAACGGUUUGGAUGAGAGGAGAAUUGAAAUCAAGACUCAUAUUAUUGAUACAAUAGGCCAUUAAUUUCCUAUAUUUACAAUUUCUUAUUGUUAUUAACCAUAAGAUGAUUUAAUGCGUAUUGGUUUAAGAAAUAUUUUAAUUUAUGCUAAUUCAUGCCAUAUAUCAUGUGCUUCAUGUAAUGGAGAGGCUUAAUUUAAUUGUCUGACUUGUUAUCAAGGUUCACCUUCAGGUGGUGUUUGUUUAUGUGAUGAAUCUAAUAAAUAUACACAUAGAUUGACUGGUUGUAUAUAAGAAUGUCCUAGAGAUUAUUAUCUAACAGAUAACUCUAAUUAUUGUUAAUUUAACCCAAGUAUUUUAAAUAUUAAAAAUAGGAAUUAAAUCUAUGUAUAAAUACUUUACAUCAUCAACAAUUAGUAACGGAAAUUAAAUACCAUAUGAACCAUGGGAAUUUUACCCUGAUCCAUUUCAUUUUAGCAAUACUAAUAAUAUAUUUUUUUGUUCUGGAUAGGAUUAAGUUGGAAAAUUUAUGUAUUCUUAAUUUAUGUAAUUAAAUUUGCCAAAAAAUGAAGGUUUAGUAUUUUUAAGAAUCAGAGUAUCCUUUCAUUUUUUUGGAUGGUAGCUGAAUUCUGUAUUAAAACUAAUAGUAGAUUAAUAUUCUCAAAUGAGAAUAGAGAAGACUUUGAAUAAUUACACAAUAUUCAAUGGAAGAUUAAAUAAAUUUGAAAGUUUAAGUUGUUCAUCUGAAAAUUAUGAUUAUCUAAGAAUUGAAGCGAUUUUAAAAACUUAUACAACAACUCCAAUUAUUUAAUUUUAGGCUAUUUAAAAAUUAGAUAGUGAAUUUUGGAGUUUUAAUAAUGUGACAAUUGAUUAUGGAUUAUGUUAAAGUAAUUGUACAAAAUGUGAAACUUUUUAAAAAUGCUUAAUUUGUGAAUCAGGUUUUAAAUUAUAUAGGGGAACAUGUGUGGAAUCAUGCCCUUCGUAUUCAUAAAUAAACAAUUAAGAUUGCAUAGACUAUGAAGAUAUUAUAGAUAGUAUAAAAUAUUCUUAAAAUAUUAGAUAGUAGAUAUUUAAUAAAAGCAUUUUAUGAUAUGAACUCUACUUUUGAAGAAGUAACUAAAGUUGUUGAUAAUUUCACAGAUUUAAAUGACAUUAUUUAAACAUCAUUUACUCAAGCAUAUUAUUCAUUUGUUCCUGAAAAAUCAGUUUUGGGGGGAGUUUUAGUAUGGAGUGAGGGAAAAUUUAAAAAAACAUUUUAAAAUUUACAACCACAUUAUUAAUUGAGUAUUAGAAUGAAUAUUACAUAUGGAGAUGAAAAUAAUGGUUGGUUUAAAUAUUAAUUAGAUUCAUAUCAAUCUAAUUAAAUAAAUAAUCCAUAAACAGGGAGUAUAAAUAUUGUAGGAAAUAAUAAAAAAGAGACUACUAUUUAUGAAGAAUAUUAAUACACACAUAAUUCAAAUCAAUUAAAUAUUGUAUUAUCAGCUAAUACUGAAGGAAUGUCAUUAGAAGAUGCAUUUAUAUAUGUUUCAGAAUAUUUUGUUAUCGUUCAUUAUGUAUUAAUUAUAAAUAUAUCUAGUGUGCACCCUUUUGUUCUUCAUGCACAGGUCCUAAAAUAACAGAUUGUGAUUUUGGAUAAUAUUCUGGAUAUAAUUUAACACAUUAUUGUAGUUCAAAUAAGUACCUGAAAUAUAAUAGUGAUACUUAAAUUUACACAUGUGAAGAAUGUAAUUAAUUAGGAUGUCUUGAAUGUUAAAGUGAAUUAAUUUGUACAAGAUGUGAAUUCUCAGAUAAUUUAUAAUUUUUAUUGGAUUAAGGUGAAUGUAUCUGUUAUCCUUCAUAAUAUUUAUCAAAUAAUUAAUGUCUAAGUAAUUAUUUAAUAUCAUAUUUAAGAAUGUAGUAAAUAUUGCGAAAGUUGUUUUGGAUCAAAUAAUGAUUAAUGUUAUACUUGCAAUUCAGAUUUUCAUAGAUCAAUAAAUUAAUAUAAAUGCUAAUGUUUGAAUGGAUUUUAUGAUGAUGGCUAUAAUAUACAAUGUAUUCCAAUAUGUGGAGAUUAAAUGAUAGUAGAUGGUGAAGAUUGUGAUGAUGGUAAUAAUAAUCCAUUUGAUGGAUGUGAUCAGUGUAAAUAUUAAUGUUAGGAUGUAUGUUUGAAUUGUCAUAAUGGUAAAUGUUAUUAAUGUAAAGAUGGAUAUACUUAUGAUUAAACUACUUAUAAAUGUUUAACAACAUGUGGAGAUUAAAUAAUAUAAGGGGAUGAAUAAUGUGAUGAUGGGAAUAAUGAUGUUUAAGAUGGAUGUUAUCUUUGUAAAUUGUAAUGUGAUAUUAAUUGUAUUAAUUGUUUAUAUGGUAAUUGUUUAAAAUGUGAUGAACUUAAUGGAUGGUAUUUAAAUAAUUCCCAUAAUUGUCAAUAUAUUUGUGGAGAUGGAAUUGUUUCUAAAUAAUAUGAGUAAUGCGAUGAUAAUAAUGAAAAUCCAUUUGAUUUAUGUGAUAAUUGUUAUUUAAGAUGUUCAGAUCACUGUAUUUCUUGUGAAAAUGGUUUAUGUUUAAAAUGUGAUGUAGGAUUUAGAUUUCUACCUUAAACUAAACAAUGUUUACCUAUUUGUGGAGAUUCUAUUAUAGUUGGUUAUGAAUAAUGUGAAGAUGGACAUACAGAAAUCAUUAAUUCAUGUAAUCAAUGCAAAUUAAAAUGCAAUAGUAAAUGUUUGAUUUGUUAAUAUAAUAAAUGUCUCAAAUGUGAAUUUGGUUAUUAUUUAAAUAACAAUAUGUGUGAAUAAUAUUGUGGAGAUGGUAUAAGAGUAGGUGAUGAAGAAUGUGAAAAUGUAUAUAUUUCUUAAUAAAUCUCUACAGAUUGUUUAAAUUGUAGAUAAGAUUGUGGAAGUGGAUGUUUAAUUUGUACUAAAGGAAUAUGUGAACUUUGUAAAUCAGGAUAUAUAAAAGAAUAAUAUAAAUGUAAAUCUAUAUGUGGAGAUAUGA